AAUGAUCCUCUCACUCACAGUGUAAAAAGACUCAAAUCCAUUGGAGAACACAGCCAUGAAGAUAGAGAGAAGGAAACAGAUUUGGAUUGUGUGAUUCUUGACUCCACAGACGACGAUGAAGCUGAUGAUGAUGAGGAUCCCGAGCCAUACAACUGCCUCGACGCAGACUUCAACAACUUCAACAACACGAUGAGCUCUUUCUCCGUGGGCCAAGUAUGGGCUCUCUACGAUCCUCUAGACCACAUGCCUCGACUAUACGCCAAGAUCAAGAAAGUCCUGGAGCUUGAGAUGAGAGUGGAAGUGACAUGGCUCGAGUCAAAACAAAAGAGUCCCAUCCCCAUCGUUUGCGGUGAAUUCAAGUACGGAGAAAGAACCAUAAAGACCUACUUGACGUUCUCUCAUUUGAUGGUGGAUCACACUGGCAAGAAGAAGAGCAUCAUCACCAUAAACCCGAGGAAAGGCGAGACGUGGGCUCUCUUCAGAGACUGGAAGAAGCAGCAGCAAAAGCGUCCGUACGGUUACGACUUCGUCCAAGUUGUCUCUGAGCUGGACAGUGGAGGCAUUGGAGUGGCGUACCUAGGGAGAGUGGAAGGGUUCACGUCGGUGUACGAGCUCGCUGAGCAGAAUGGAGUCUUGCAAAGGAUGGUGAGAUGUGAUGAGAUGCUUAGGUUCUCGCAUAGAGUCCCGUCUUUUGUAUUGACUGGAGAUGAAAGAAAAGGAGUCCCAGCUGGUUCUUUCGAGCUAGACCCUGCUGCUAUUCCGAGAGAUUAUCUUGAGGCUUCUGAGGUUAAACAAGAGGAGUAGUCCAUGUUCUUUUUAUGUUGAGGCUUAAAGAAGGAACUGAUUCUAUGUCUUUUCUGUUUUAGUUUGUUUUGUCAAACAUGAGCCUUUUGUAAUCAUGAAUUUCGUUACAAGUCCAUGUUCUUGCUCUCGUUUUUGCU